AUGUUUAAAUUCUUUUACUUUUUUACGGGUAUAUGUACCUCAACAAAUAAUGAAUCGAUCAAUACUACGGAAUCUGUUGCAAGUGAUAUGAAUGAAAAUAAGGCAAAAAAUAAAUAUCAAUAUGAUCAAAUUCUAAAUGGCAACAAUAGCACAAAUCAAUUUUCAGAGCAAGGGAACUAUAAGCUGGAAAAAAUCAUUGGAAACACUUUGGGUUUAGAAAAAGAAUCACGGCCUAAAAGUACACAAGGUUCUGUCGAGGAUAAUCCCUUUUUUGAUACAGUGAAUUUCAAAUGCGUUCAAGAUAAUAACAACAUUACAAAUAUUGAACUUCUUGAAAACCCUAUUAUAAAAAAACUUAAAUUAGAUAAUAAUAGUAAAUGUAUAACUUCUGAAAAUGCAAGGCAUCCAGUACAAAUUUUUCAAAUUAGUCCAAAUAUAUACUAUAGUAGUACAUCUAGCCGUUUUAAAUCUCAAAAACAAUAUGAUGAAGUAUUAAACUCUGAUAAGGCGAUAAAUGAUCAAAGUAAAGGCCAAAAUGAUAAUAUAAAAUGUGAAGAGAUUACAACAUAUGAAGAUAAGAAAAAUUUAUUGAUUAAGUUUUAUUAUACUUAUAUCGAAAAAUUUAAUGCAUAUAAAAUUGCCAGAAAAAAUUUAAAUUACAAUCUUGUAUUUCAAAAUAAAACAGUACAACCCAAUAAUCAACAAAUGACAAAUUUAGAUUUAUUAAUGGAUUUUUGUAGAGAGGUUCUAGGUCAUGUUAAAUCUUCAUUUGACAAAGCCAAAAAUGAGAAAUUUUUAAUUUCAAAAAAAGAUUUCUUUUAUGUAAAUAUAGACAAAAAAUUUAUAUCUAAGUUGUCAAAAGACAAAAGGCUCUAUUUUUUGAGAAAAGUAAGUUUAAAUAAUAGUGUUGAAUAUCAAAUAAAAAAGAUAGAAGACAAUUCUUUCUUUAAAGAAUCUUCAUGUGAAUCUAUAAAAGAAUUAAUAGUAGAAUGCGAUAUGUUUUUAAAAGAAGUGGUAAAAUAUUUUUUGUCUUUUACUUUAGCUGCUAAACUGCAAGAGAGAAAUUUUAAGUUAAUUUACAAUGAAUGUAAAGAUAUCUCACAAAGAAUAACAAAUAUUUCACAAAAUGUACAAUUAGAAUGUAUCGUUAUAAUUAUAAAAAUGUUAAUUGAAGGUUUAGAGUGCUCUUAUGCUAUUUUAAAUAUAGAUUAUAAUUUACGUAUGUUAUUUAAUUCUGUGACACAUUUGUCUACAGAUAUUAAAUGGUUAAUUUCCCCUUUAAAGAACAUUAUGGAUAGUAUUGAUAAAGAAUAUAAAUGUAGUGAAUCUAACUAA